CCUACCUUUUGUUUGUAACUUUCAAUAUCUUUUUAACAAUAACAUGGGGUUUCUUCGUCUCGGAAGUGGUGGUGGACUUCUUUUUGCCUUAUGCUUCAAUUUAAUAGCACUAGCAACACCAGGAUGGAUUUACACGCCUGUUUCUGCUCAGGGAUUGUUUCAAGUUGUAUCUGGUGGUGUUUGGGCUAACGUACCAAAGGGAAAUGCUGAAAAAGUAGCAAUUGCAUUCAAUAUAAUGGGAGAUGUCAUACUUUUAUGUGGAGCGAUUGGGGCGUUGAUCGGUGGGGCGAAAAAAGAGAAAGGAUCGGCGUUUGGAACAUUUGGUGGAGUGCUUUCACUACUCGGAGGUGUUUUGAUCAUGAUUGGGCUUGCUUCCUAUACUGGACUAUAUGCUGAUACCGUUUCUCUUUCUAACGUGAGCUGGGGAUAUAGUUUCGUAUUUGCUUGGGUAUCCUUCGCUCUUGCAAUCAUUGGUGGCGUUAUUUCUAUCGUGGGAAAUUAAAAUUUCGAAAAAAAUAUUCUGUCUAUUGCCAAUUUGUAAGGGAACAUUGCACAUUUAUAUAUAAUUUUCUGAAUAAUUUUGAAUUUUCAAAUUCGUCUAAAUCAAAUAGGCUAACCAACUUUAACUCCGUGGAUAUAAAAGCAGAAGGUUUGUUUGGCACCGAUGGACAACUAAUUGUAAAACAGAUAAAAAGUGUAGUUGUUAUUCUUAACUGAUCAAUAACGUAUAGUACAUCAAACGUUUAGAUUUUUGUUAUCAUGUCACUCACUUUUAUACAUCGUUUGUACAUCUACUUUAGGUUGCUCAAUUCUACGAUAUUUCCAUCAAAAUUAGGGUUUGUUUCUUUCCGAUAUACGUUCACUUAUAGAUUCGGGAACUUUUUUCAAUAUAUAUUUCAUAGUCUAAAGAUACAAAGAGAAGCAGAGCUUGUAUGUUUUGUUCCUACGGGGACCUGUUACAUAUUUAUUGAUGUAGUUGUUUAUAUUUCAUUCAUGAAAUUUUAUUUGCACCCAGCGCUAAACCAUGUAAUUAAUAUUUUUGAAUAAAUAAUUAUAUUGUACAACA